UACAGGAUGUGUCACUUGUCACUUGUCAAAAGUCACCAAAAAUAAUUCCUUGUGAAUGUAAUCUCCGUUAAUUAUAUGCUUUGUGAAUCAAGUUUGUGAUAAUCGCUAUAAAUAAUUAAUUUGAGAGGAGUCCAGUUUCCAGUAUGAAAUUUUGAUAUCCACUGAAUUGAAUUCAAAAAAAUUCAUAGAAAUGGCAACUGGAACAACAUUACAAAAAGCCAUCGAAUUAGUCACAAAAGCCACGGAAGAAGACCGUAAUAAAAACUACGAAGAAGCCCUCAGGUUAUACGAACAUGGAGUAGAAUACUUCCUUCAUGCCAUCAAAUAUGAGGCACAAGGUGAAAAAGCAAAAGAAAGUAUCCGAGCCAAAUGCUGUCAAUACUUGGAAAGAGCCGAAAAAAUCAAAGAAUCCCUCAAGAAGGGCAAAAAGAAGCCCAUUAAAGACGGAGAAUCGGAUUCCAAAGAUGACAAGAAAAGCGAUAGUGAUAGUGACGGUGAUGACCCUGAGAAGAAAAAACUCCAAGGCAAGCUCGAGGGGGCUAUUGUGGUGGAAAAGCCCCACGUGAAAUGGUCAGACGUUGCGGGUCUCGACGCGGCCAAAGAAGCCCUAAAAGAAGCCGUCAUUCUCCCCAUUCGGUUCCCCCAUCUUUUCAGCGGGAAGCGAGUCCCAUGGAAGGGGAUCCUCCUCUUUGGGCCCCCAGGUACCGGAAAAUCGUUUCUAGCCAAGGCCGUGGCCACCGAAGCCAACAACUCGACUUUCUUCUCCGUCUCCUCCUCCGAUUUAGUCUCAAAAUGGUUGGGGGAAUCCGAGAAACUCGUCCGAAAUUUAUUCGAGUUGGCUCGCCAACACAAACCCAGCAUUAUUUUCAUCGAUGAAAUUGAUUCUCUCUGUUCUUCGAGAUCUGAUAAUGAGUCUGAAUCAGCUCGCAGAAUUAAAACCGAGUUUUUAGUGCAAAUGCAAGGUGUGGGGCAUGACACUGAAGGGAUUCUCGUUCUGGGGGCUACGAAUAUCCCCUGGGUGCUCGAUGCUGCGAUUCGGAGACGCUUCGAAAAACGGAUUUAUAUCCCAUUGCCAGAGGAGCCCGCCAGGGCCACCAUGUUUAAACUGCAUUUAGGCAACACACACACCACUUUAACAGAUGAAGACAUUAAGGAGUUGGCUAGGAGGACUGAUGGGUACUCGGGGGCUGAUAUUAGUAUAGUUGUCCGGGAUGCGUUGAUGCAACCGGUGAGGAAGGUGCAAACUGCGACACAUUUCAAGAAAAUCAGGGGGCCCAGUCCUAAAGACCCUAAUGUUAUCAUUGAUGAUCUUUUGACGCCGUGUUCGCCGGGUGAUAAGGGGGCUAUUGAAAUGUCGUGGAUGGAAGUUGAAGGGGAUAAACUUGCAGAACCGCCUGUUACUAUGAACGAUAUGUUGAGGUCUUUGGCCACGUCGAAGCCGACUGUGAAUGAUGAGGAUUUGACAAAAUUGGAGAAAUUUAAAGAAGAUUUCGGUCAAGAGGGAUAAAUUGUGAGAUUGCUGUAUCUUUGAAAAUUUCCUCAUGUUUCGAUUGUACCCAAUAUAUUGCUUUUAGUCGGUUUUUUCAAUGAGUUCUAAAUGAUGUACUUUUUAUUGCCUUAUUUUUUAAAUAAAUUAUAUUUGUAACUAUAAACGUUAAUAAAAUGUGCACACAACAACUCA